UUUGCUCGCUUCUUGGACACAUUUCCAGUUUCGUAGCUGGAAUUGAAUUAUUUUUUCAAGCUGAACAGUUUCUUGCUUUCAUUAAUUCGACCUCUACGUAGCAACAUGAAAUGUUCACUGAUUGUUGGCUCACGUAAAGAGGCCAUCGCAAUCAAUGGUACACCAAGCUUUGUAAAGUCAAAGCAGUUUGAGGGACAGGUUAAAGUACGGCUGCGGGAUUAUGAAGUUUUGGAUCAAGAAUACUUCUCAAGAUCCAACGAUACAUGCUCCAUCAUGAUUGCUGGAAGAUUUCUUCCUACGCAGGGUGCAUUAACAGCGGAUGAUAUAUUGUUUGGUAAUCAGUUUGAUAAACCCUUACGGGAUAUUCUUCCAACUGGAUCUUCUUACAUGAUGAAGGGUCUCAAACUGGUAGACCCAGCGAUUGAAUACGAUUUGUACUGUGAUCGACCAUGGGCAUUUUCUCCGUUUUAUGCAACGAUGACCAAGUUUACAACGGCUAAUGCUCAACCUCCUUUGAAAUAUUUCGAUGAAGGUUCUCCUGGAAGAAGGAAGGAAAUGCAAGAUCCUGAGAAUCGUAAAAAAAUUGUACUCAGUCCAAAUCAAUACUUCGUUGCUGAUUUUUGUAAUCCUUUCUUUGAUCCCAGCUCCAUGAGUGUCUCCAUUCCAUAUACCAGACUGAAGUUUUCUGUCAAAAGUUAUUAUUCUGGUCAACCUUUGCGAUAUGUUUGCAAAACACGGGCAGGAGAGACGAUUUUUGCUAUAGAGUUUGACUUAUAAAUAUAAAAAUACAAGCCUUCAUAGCUUGGAUUAGAUGAAAGGAAACAAUUCAUCCUGUUCGUUCUGUUCGUUAAAUAACGAAAACAAAAAAGAAAGAAAAGGUAUAUGUUUGGUAGCAUUCUAACGAUUUCUGAUAAGAAAAGAAGAAUUAAAUGAUUAUAAGAUUCACUUCCCAUAUUUCAAUUAGAGCAAAUUAUAAGGGUCCAAUACUUUUCAGGUCUUUACUAUUCCGUCCAUGCUUUAUAAGACUUUCAUCAAAUUGGC